CUCGACUCUGCCGACUACCUGGGGAAAUCCUGCCCAUUGCCAGCCAUCUAUUCCUCCCCACCCUCCUCCCUCACCUCUCUCCUAUUCCUUCUCGCCACAUCUACCUUCUUUGUCAAGAUGGCCCAUUGCGAGCGGGCUUCGAAGCCCUUGCUUCAAUGUCUCCAGAAGACCUACACCAAGGGUCUUCCAGGACUCCAGCUGCAGUCGACCCGCGCCUUCCAAACCACCGCUCUGGCGCGCGAAGAGGUUCAGACUGAAAUCAAGUCGCAACCCUUUCACAAGGCUCCCGAUCCGGCCUUGGUCUCGAGCCCCCGACUCGAGCGGAAAUUGCUACGCCAGGGUGUCUCGCCCAUCGGAUCCCGUCGUCGUCGUGUGGCCCUCCAGGACUCCCUCAACAUUCCCUUCGAGCAGCUGCCCUACCAAUGUUUCCAGGAGGCACGGAAGGUCCUGCUGGCGGACCGUGAGGAGAAGCUGCGCGAUAUCACAUCGAUGCGGGAGAAGAUCUCGAGGCUUGAGGCGCUGACGACCGAGCAAGCCGGCGGAGAGCAGGUGAAGAAGUCCAAGCUGCGGGCCAUGGAGCUUCACUUGGAGCACCUGAAGAUCCAGGCGGACAUCAACGACCCGCUUGUGAAGAAGAAGUUUGAGGACGGACAAGGUGACAUGAGCAAGCCUAUCUACCGGUACCUGGCCGACCGCAAAUGGAGAGAAUACCGUCGCAAGAUUCUCGUGCAACGAAUCACGCAGAUGAAGGUGGUCCCCGACGUUGUCCCUCACUGCGAUCCGAUCUUGGACACGAAACUGUACUUUGCCCGCCGACAGAUCCAGCCGGGCGAGUUCGUCGACUCGAAGGCCAGCUUUGAGGCGCCCAAAUUGGAUGUGCAGAUGUUCGAGGGUGGUGAGAAAUUGGUCACCAUCGCCGUCGUUGACCCUGACGUUCCCAAUGUCGAGAAGGACGGCUUCGACUUCAACAUGCACUACAUGGCCGUCAACGUCCCGAUCUCGGCCAUCAACACCAAGGUGGAUCUUGCCCAGCUGUCGACCGAGUCGCAAGUGAUUUUCCCCUGGGCUCCUCCGGUUGCUCAGAAGGGCAGUCCCUACCACCGUCUGUCGUUGAUCAUCUUCGAGCAGCGAGACUCGCAGCCCCUGGACUUUGCUGCCAUCAAGGCCCAGGAGACGACGCGCGAGAACCUGUUGGCCCGCACCCUGGAGACCCGGUACAAGCUGAAGCCUAUCGGAGCGUUCCUAUUCCGUACCCAGUGGGACGAUUCGAUGUACGAAGUCAUGAAGACGAUCGGAUAUCCCGAUGCCGAGAUCGAGCUCCGCCGGAAGCGCGACGAAAAGCUUCCUUACAAGCGCAGAAACACGGCCCGCAUGCGUGGGUGAUUUUUCGUUAUGCCAUGUUGACUUUUUUUUUCCAUUCGGGUGUUUGUAUUGUACAAGAGAGCUUAUGUAUGAAUAUGCACAAAUCCACCAGUCCUUUCC